AUGGUAAUAGACAGUGCACUAGCAGGGGAUAUUCUAGAAGAACAUACCAUUCCACAGAGACAUUCUGUUGUGCAGGAUGGAGACAUAAUGGAUAUAGGAACUGCAAUAUUCCUGUUUGUUCCCCGAAUUGCCGAAACGGCGGAACGUGUAUCCGGCCAAAUGUUUGUUCCUGUCCUGCAGGGUUUGAUGGAGAGAUAUGUUCUGGAAGUAAGUAAAAAAGUACAUAGUGAUGGAUUUAAGCCUUUGAUAGGGAAAGGCAAUGCGACGUUUGCUAAGUACAGUUAUACAACAAAUAAAUUUGCAUACGAAUUUAUGACAGACGCAACAAACAUAUCAGAAGUUGACCUGCUUUGGACCAAUUCUGAUGAGUUUAAUUUAAUGAACUUCGACAUUGAUGCCUCUGUAGAUGUCAAAUAUGAUUUUGAUCAUAUUCCACCCAUUCCAGGAUACAUCAGGGACAUAAAAUUUGGAAUUGUUGAUGCACAUGUGCUGGUUGUUCAUCAUAAACUCGGUCUAAACGGUGAAACCGAAGUAAACAGGGAAACUUUCACUUGUCCUCAACCAUCUAACCUGAAGCCAAUAGCUAAUACAGUUCUAGAAUGUAGGAUGAAUAAUGGCACAAAUGUAUUCCAGGUGGAUUCAGGAGACAGAUACGUUCUGACCUACACAGUAACUACUGGCGGGUACCGAAUACUUAUUAAUCCAGACAAUAACCAACUACACGCUACUGAGAUAUAUAAUGGAAUUAGUUCUCAGCAGAAUAUGGAGUAUCGGUUUGACUACGAUAAACCAGUUCACUGUCAAGAAUCUAGCACUUGUUCUUUUGGUGACGUUCCACUUCAGCUAGAAGAGGAUAUAACUAGGAGACCAAUACGACCAAAAUGGUCAGGAUGGUCAGAUAGAAGUCUGUCUGGAGUAGAGCGUUACGCAUUUGAAGUAUGGAAGAUGGAAUAUAGUCUUGACUAUUCAGUUUUAAGAGAACCAGAUAUUCUGUCAGACUAUAAUCCAGUGCCAGAGUUUAUAACCGAGGUACUAGCAAGCAACAACACAUUCCCAGAAUAUGAACCUAAGGGACCAGGGGUCUAUUCAACAAUACUCGAAGUUGCUGACAAAGCAAAUAAUUCAAGAUAUGUCCGAAGAAUAGCAAUAUUCGAUAAAACAUCAGAAAUAUCCACCAAAUCAAGUCAUCGGUUGUUCGUUUCAUCGGCAUCUAAUCAGUCUAACUUCAGCUGGCAGACGACACCUAACAAUCAGCAGACGACAACCUUGGUAGUGCAAUGGGAAAAUCAUUUUAUAAACGAAGUUCAUGAAAAUGGUCAUUUCUUAGCAAGAAUCCAAGACUAUACUCCAAGACUCAGUGAUGAUGUCAGGCGAGUGGACUAUAAAAAAAUUGAAUCUCAAUUUGAUGAUAAAGAAGGUAGCAGAACUAAAGACGAAAUAUCAAAUAUCAAUUCUAUUGUUCGAUUUGAAAUUAUACACGGUAUACCUAGCACUAUUCCACCAACAAAUGGUUGGGAAAAUAUAGUUCCCCUUAAAGAAAAUGAAAGUCUUGUUCUGAGUGGCGUCAAUAUUCAGGACGGACAUUCAUACAAAGUUUGGGUUCGUGCAACUGAUGUAAUGGGGAAUACAAAUAUCGAUUCUACAAUUGUUCAUUUUGAUCACAGCCAACCGUCAGUGUACUCUCCUACGUUUGAUAAAAAUGUCGAAGAUGGACAUUUUCCUUUUUCAAGCAGAGUAACAGUCGCUGCCAAGGAUGAACACAGUGGAAUCAAUAAAGUAUCGUUCAAGUUCGUGGUUAAUAGCACAGGAGAAGUUAAGAACCAGAAAGACUUUAAGAUCGAAUCACAGACACCGGCAAUCUGUAAUCAGCUUCCAAGAGAUUGUUACUGCAUUCCUAAGGGUGAAUGUUUCAUGAUUGAUAGUGUCCUAGAUAUUGAUAACUGCUGGCUUAAAGUUCCAAUCAAUAGAACCGACGAUGAAGUUCAUAUUCUACAGAUUUAUAUAUACAACUUAGCCAUGCUGUCUAGUAUGACUACAUUCAAUCUAGGAGAGGUGAAAAGCUACAAAGGAGUACAAGAAUAUUAUAGUCCAUCAAACAUUACUAUAUUAAAGACGUCAGACACAAGUUUGGGUAUUAGCUGGAUUCAGGCACCGUCCUGUUAUGAGCGUGCGGGUAUACUCAUUCAGUUAUUCCGACCUAAUAAUUCCUCAAGGGAUUUCAAAGUACAUAAAGAUGCGACUACGUUUGAUUUAACAGGACUCUCACCUACUACCCACUAUUGGUUUAAAUUAUUCACUAAAUAUGGCAACGAUACACACUUUGUUAUGAGCGGAUCUCCUGCAAUUCUGAAAUUCCAAACAGCGGAGGCAUGUAAGUCAUAUAUGAGUAAUGUUUCAGUAAUGAAAACAGUCUGUGCCAUGGUUUUGUAUUGA